GGCCACGCGAGUAGGAGGAAACGAAACCGGAGGAAACGUUUCAGUGUCGAGUCAGCCGUGAUUGCGUCGCCGUUUCGCCGUCCUCGGCCUCGUCUUCGUCGGCCUCGUUCUCGUCGUCAUUGUCGGUGCCGUCGCGUGACUCCGAUGGGACGGUGCUACCAGUAAGACACACGUUUCUCGACCGAGAUGCGCGUUUCGAACGUUCCGUCCGAUUCCGCGAGAUCUCCCGGAUCGGGUCAACUGGGUCAAGUGCCAGCAAAGCGGAGCGGCCUGAUUAAUGCCCCGAAGAGAGACCCGGCUCCGGAAACGGAGCGCUCCUCUUUCGGCCGCGGAGCGAUUAGAACGCGCCGGCCGGGCUCGGUGAAAAAUUGAUUCGCGCCACGAUGAUGAGUGCGUUAAUUUGUCUGGCUCUACGCGGAAGCCUACGAGUGAUAAGUGGUUCUGGUUAAGGAAGCUGCGAUUAAUCGGCGCAUUUAUCGUGCUCCGGUUUCCGUCGAGUCGAGGCGAUGUAAAAACCUUGCGGCAAGAUACCACGGGCAUUACGACAGCUAAUUACUUUUAUGACAGGGCAAGAAGCAGCUCGCGAUUCAGGAGAGGCAGAGGAAACGACGGAACAGCCGACACAUGUAGCAUUCGGGCAUCGGUAUAAUGAAGCCGUCCAUGAAAAUGGGAGUGAUCGCCUUGAUAGGGAUCUGCGUAGUCUUUUAUCAGUAUCACCUGUCCACCGGCGUUACUUUCGAUCAAGUAACGGCCUUCAAUGCCGAUACUUCCGCAGACGACGCCGGGGAUUUGCCGAUCGGUGAGGAGGGCGAUGGCAAAACCCCAAGGCUCGCCGAGGAAAUGAUUCGAUACGCCGUGUACCGAGUACAAAUCACGAACGGCCUGAGUCCAGAAAUAAGCUCGAUGCUUGUGCGGGAACUUAUCAAUCAAUUAAGCAAAAACGCUUCGGCGGCCUCUAGAAAUAAUUUCAAGCCUCCGCCGCAAUUGCAACCCCCGGCGACGACGUUACCGCCGUCUCGCCCGUCGUCCCCUUCAUCGAAUUCCGCGGAGUCCGAAGAACCCCUGUACAUCAUCACGCCCACAUAUCGAAGACCCGAGCAGAUUCCCGAACUCACGAGGAUGGCCCAUACGUUGAUGUUGGUGAGAAAUAUACACUGGCUCGUCAUCGAAGACGCUACCGUCGCCACCAAACAAGUGACCGAAUUAUUGGAAAGAACGAGCUUGAAGUUCGAUCAUUUAAUCGCUCCAAUGCCGGAGAAAUACAAACUCAAGAAGGGCGCCAAGCCGCGAGGGGUAUCGAACAGAAAUCGCGGUUUACAGUGGAUCAGGGCGAACGCCACGAGAGGUGUGUUCUACUUCGCCGACGACGACAAUACUUACGAUAUUGAACUUUUCGACGAGAUUCGCAAGACGAAGACGGUGUCGAUGUUCCCAGUGGGGCUGUGCACCAAGUUCGGGCUGAGUUCGCCGAUCCUGAAAAACGGCAAGUUCGCCGGGUUCUACGAUGGCUGGGUAGCCGGUCGGAAGUUCCCGGUGGACAUGGCCGGGUUCGCCGUAAGCGUCAAAUUCCUGCACCAGCGGCCGAACGCUACCAUGCCAUUUCGCGCGGGAUACGAGGAGGACGGCUUCCUGAAGAGCCUGGCUCCGUUCGAGCCGCGGGACGCUCAAUUGCUGGCGGACAAUUGCACCAAGGUGCUCGCCUGGCACACGCAGACGAAGAAAAACGAGCCGAGCGCGCCGCUGGACAUGAAACUUUACGGCGCGACGAACCUGGUGAAGCUUAAGCAGCAGAUAGUAUGAUGUCAGUCGGGACAACGAAGAUGCGCGAACUCGAACCUGAAUCUUGUGUGUAAUCCCGCCCCUCCUUCGCACUAGUUCAUCGGUGUCACUCCAGGGGAGUUCCUAGGUGCGGAAGACUGUGCGAUUCAGUGCCUAAAAGUAUAUCUAUCCUCUCUCUCUCACGGCGAGAGAGGGGAAAAACCGUUAUUACCUUUAAGCAUAGCCGGUAAAACGAUUCGUUUUUUUAUCACCUUUUACACAUCCGCAACAAUGUAGCUCGCCCCAAAGACAGUCCUUGCCCCGAGGAAGGAUAUCGCGGUGAAGGAAAAAAGUUAAGUAGGAUUCCCGGGGCAACGCUAUGACCACAGCGACUCGAUAAGGUGCAUAGAAAUUCACGCUUAGAGUUCGAAACCGUCUAUUAUCCUUACUUUUUAGCAUUUCCGCUUUCGUGCGUGCCGCAUGAAGCGAUGUGAACGCGAAGAGAAAGGUGAAAUCCCUUAUUAAUAAUGUUAAUCGAUAAAUACAGCGGGAUAGUGGAGUUUAUUAGCCGAAAAUCAUGCGGUUUCGAAGUAUCUUUAACGCGCAUAAAUAGCGAAAUCGCGCACCCUGCAGAUCAACGACCAAAGAAAGCAAACGAGUCACUCGCUGUAACGUUAAACUCUUAAACUUUCUUUAUUCUACCUGAGGGAUAUAUCCCGAGUUCUAUAAAUAGAUUCUUUAUUCUGUUCCAUUCUACUAAAUAGCGAAGUCCAUUCCUAAACUUGCUCUAGUACGACGCGAGGUCAAAGAUUAUUCGAUCGAACGAUGAAAAUGUCUCUAGGCGAUUUUAGGGGAACCUGCUCGUUGCUCGUUAAUCUAAUUACCAAGUAUAAUGUUUAACGUCGUCGUUUAACAAAUCUUGUCCCGCCUCUUCGUGCGAUUAGCAAGCAUAGACGAUUACGAGAUAAAAAGUUAGAGCAAGUAUCCCUUAAUAACAAUUCCUCGUAACUUCGAAAGAAAAUAAAUGUUUAAAAGUCAAAGCACGAAAAUCGAAGUUUAAUCUUAAGCUUUGUCAACAAUUACGUUAGAGAAGUUAUCAUUUACGCGAGUAUUUCUAGUUAAAAUAUGAAAAUUUCUUCGAUAGAUAUUAUCGAUCAAAAAAUAUCAAGUUGAAGUGCACGAGAUAUCUUUGACUUACACUUAUUUAGCUUUCAGCAUAAAUCGGCAUAAAUCAGCAUUUAUAAAAUGCCGAACGUGCAGCAUGCGCGUAGUUAUCAUAAUUUAGUCCGAAUACAUUUUUCCGAUUUUGAAGAGAAUCUGAAAAAUUGAUUUUACGACUGAAUAUCGAACAAUGUCCUGUAUUUGACUGAAUAGAGAUAAUUUUAAUUCUCGAGUUGCGCUCGUCGCUGCUCUUUUAUUUCCGUUAAUAAUAUAAUCCAUUUAUUUCAUUGUAAUGCCGUGAUCAUAAACAAAACAGCGAAUUAUAAUCAAAUAAACGAGCGUUUCCGUUACCAAUGUACUUGCGUGCGUGUGCGUAGAAAAUAUGUACUUCCUAGAAAGGCAUAUAAUAUUUAAAGCUACGUUUGAUUCCUCUUGCACAAUACAUUUCGCGUGAGUUAGGUAGUAUUAAAAAAAAAGAGCUAGGAAAUAAGAGAGGUGUGCACUGAAUGCGAAAUCUAAAGAAUCGAUUGCCGUUUCGAUUGUCUGCCGACGACAUCGUCAGAAUGGUCGUCGAAGUAUCGAAUCACGAUUGUACAGUGGAACCUCGAUAAUUCCGAAUGUUUCCAUUAAUAUAACAUAUCGCUAUAAAAAUUCGACCAACAUUAGAUCAAAUAUACAACUUUAUCUAAUUUCCUAUAUAACACUUUACUUAUACAAAUAUUUCCCGUAUAUUAUUACAAUUUAUUUAAAUGGAAAACAACGUUUUUCUCCAACGUUGUUCAGUCAUUAGACAACUUAUAUAUUUAAAAAAAUUAGUUAUAUAAAAUUAGUUACAUAAAAGUUAUAUAAAAAUUAGUUAUAUAAAAAAGCAAUUAAUCGUGGAUCAUAAUACUAAUUAUCCGUCAGCUUAAUUAGUUCGGGCAUUAGGAGUUCUGCUGUACGAACGCUCGGAAGACUGCGGAAAACCAACAAGAAAAGUUUCUUUCUUGUCAAAUUUCAUAUCCUUGUAGCGUUACAUGUAUAUAUAUAUAAUAUCUAGUAUUCUCGACCGUACGUCUUUAAAAUCGAUAUCGGAAAAUUUCGUGUCAUUAGUUAGACCAGGGUGCUAAUUUUAAAUAUUUUCCUAAGGGUUCCCAAUAAUUUCUUACGGCACUUCAAUUUCCGAAAGUGCUCUAUACUUCAUCUACUUUUAUCUAGUGUGUGAUGCUUUAUAGCGAUAGACGUAAUUCCAGCGUGUGGAUGAUAAUAAUUUAUCACAUGUCCUAUAAGAUAUAUAUAUAUAUUGUCAUUAUGACACCAAAAAGUCGAGAAACUAUAGCAUGUAUAAAUAAUAUAUCUAUAGGAUAAUCGCACUAUUUAGAAAUUAAUCAAAUGUCGAAAGCGGGAUGGCAUUAGAUUUUUCCCACUCACAUAUCCUGCCGGAAUAUGCGGAGGUUUGUGUACAGAAAAUACGCUAUUUACGUUUCAGAUUGAUUUAUACGGAUACGGUCCGCAAUAAACUUACGACAAGCAAUAUGUGUGAUUCUCACGCAGUUAGAUUGUAGAAAGAGAGAGAGA